AAACAACUCGUCGGAUCGGCGGGAUGCAUUAAUGUUGCGUUACACCUAUGUUUCAGGACAAUAAUUCUUCGCCGCUUAUAUGUCUAUCAAAAAUUGCUCUAGGUAACAUACCUUCCGGAUGGAAAUUAAAGCCUCAACUCAAUGAGUGUUUUAAGUUAUUUUCAAAUAUCUUGCCUUUCUCAUCUCCACUGGAGUUGGAGUAUUUUUUCCAAUUUAAUCACUUCGAAAAUAAAAAUGAAGUUAAAACUGUCUAUGGAACGUUCACUCAAUAUGAGAUAUCUAGAAAAUUAAAGCAGCUCGUGUUUCAGAAGGAUUUAUCGCUUAGUAACCUGUGUUUGCUGUCACUAACAGAAAACCCACCACCUAACUUCACAGUCAACUCUCUACUUGGGCUGCCAGAAAAGUUAUUUCGACAGUAUAUAAUAAUGAAUUUUUGUAUAUAUUGGUUCCCAAUGUCACACUUACUCUAUCACCGGAUAGUUCCUGUUGAGGUGAAUUCGGAGGCAUUUCAGACUGUUUUCAACUUCUUGGCGGAUCCUCACAUUUUCAACAAGAUGUAUGACACUUGCAGAGAUGUACAGAUAUUUAUUUCUUCUUGGAUGCAACAUGCUCAUUUCUAUGGUGUUAGUGGCGUAAACACAGAAGCUCAUCAUUAUAUGAGUGUAGUUUUCAAACACUCAGAUUACUCCCCACUUGUGGAACCUCAUACAUUGUCUAACAAGUUGGUCUCGAAUUUACGUGAAGUUCUUCAUCGGGCUACACGACUAAAACGUAACACUGCUCCAGAAGUGGUAGCUGCUGCAUUACUCGGUUUAAAAAUAGCAAAUUUCCUUUGUGAAUGUUCAGAAUAUGUACAUGCAUGCAAAGCAGCUAGAAGUAUUCAUGAAACUGUACGUUCAUUUUUCAGUCAAUCAAAAUUUCGUCAUGCUCAACUACGUUUGGAGUAUGAGGCUAUGUGCAUUAUGCUUCGAGCAAUGAAUGCGUAUAAUAUGUACUUUGAACCGGAAGAUCAACAAAUUUUUCAAAAAGAAGCGCCCAAUUUAAUGAAAUCAAUGUGGCAGGCAAAUUUAUUAAUGACUAAAUCUAGUGAUAUAAGUAAUUUCAACUAUGCAUUAUUGCCUGUCAGUUUUGAAACUCCACCUCAAGAUAAUAUGUGUAAUACUCCUGUAUUAUCAUCUUCUCGAUCAUCUGAUGAAAUCUCUGAAGGCACUUCAUCUACUUCGCUAAGCAUUGUUGGCCCAGCUGGUGAUGAAUCUCCUUGUGUGUUGGAAACGCUUAAUACUCAGUCUACGAGUUCGAUAUCAGAAUGUUACUUUCCAACUGUCUAUUCCACAUCUGAAGUGGUUGUCAAUUUAUUAGAUGGUAAUCCUGAGACAUGCGUAUCUACUAGUGCAUAUUUAAAUGUACAACUUGCAACUUAUCAUUAUUCUAUGUGUCAUUAUCAAGUUGCUUACCAUUUCACUCUAUUGGCUAUUGAACAAUUGGAGAUUUGUUUCAAUCAAGGCUUACCACCAUCUCCUUAUGUAACUAUUGAAGUUCUACGUAUCAUGUGCAGAGUAUGUAUUAUCAAAAGAAAAUAUGAUUUGGGAUUAAAAAUUAUUCAACAUGCAUUAACGUAUACCAGAUCUGUAUUUGGCUAUCGUAAUCUUAUAUACGCUAAUCUGCUUAUUGAAUAUGGAUGCUUAAUGUUGAAUACGGACAAAACACGGAAAGCAGCAGAAAUCUAUCGGAUUGCAUUAGCUUUAAUAUUAAAUUACUUACCCGGUGCGAGUAUUAUGGUUGCUUUAGCCUUGGAAGCGAUUGCCUAUGCACACUAUGUACUUGAAUAUACAUCAGGUGAUUUCACGUAUGCUUUGAAUUGUGCUGAAAUAGCUGGUCUAAUGCUUCGUCGUUUGAAUUAUGGCGUGUGUAUGCAAGCAGCUUCAGCUAAUCGAGUAAAAGCCUUGAUCAUUGAAGAGAUUGCAAUAGAUGAUAAUGAUCCAUCUAGAACAAGUGCAGAUUUAAAACUGGCACGUGAUCUACACAUGGAGUCUUUAGAACUUUGUGAACGUACAUUUGGAUUAUGGAAUAUUCAGACAGCGAAACAUUUCGGUAAUCUUGGUCGUUUAUAUCAAUCAAUGCAAAAUAAUAAAGAAGCAGAAAUAAUGCAUUUAAAGGCAAUUGAAAUUAAAGAACGACUACUUGGACCAAAUGAUUUUGAAGUUGGCUUAAGUGUUGGUCAUUUAGCUAGUCUAUAUAACUAUGAUAUGGAUCGAUUCAAGGAAGCUGAACAAUUAUAUCUACGUUCUGUACAAAUAAGUUUAAAUUUAUUCGGUCCUACAUACAGUGGAUUAGAAUAUGAUUAUCGAGGCUUACAACGUGUCUAUCAUGAACUAGGCAAUUAUACUGAAAUGCAACGUUAUCAAGGCCUGUUCGACUAUUGGUCUAAAGAGAGACAACGUUUACGGGCUUUAGAACCAGCUGAAUCUUCCGAUUCCCUUGACUUCUUAGAUGAACGUAAUACCAGUGUAACAGAACAAUCACAAAUGUUAAUGGAAUUAUUAAAAGAUUAUAAAUAUCAAUUCAAGUCCAUAUUUGGCGGUUUAUACGCCAGUAGUAGUGAAAGUGAAGAAGGUGACAGUGAACAACAGCAGGUAGUCAAUACAACAAGACGUGAUGCUUAUCCGUUGAAUUUUAAUAAUCCUGGAAAUAGUGCUGGCGGUGUUGGUGGGGGCAGUAUGGAGGCUAGUCGAUCAACAGGCUAUUAACAUUUAUAUAUACAUACAUACAUCUAUGUGUAUAUUCUUUCUUUCUUUCCACAUCUACAUAAUAAUAGUUAUGGACUGUGUUAUAUAUAUAAAUAGUUAUAAAUAAGUUUAUAUUCAGGUUACUUAUACUUUGAAGAAAAAGAAAAACUAAAUCAAUUUUCAGCCACAUUGUUUUAAUUUUAAUACACUUUCAUCAUUAAUUAUUUGACGUUUUUAAAUUUCACUUUUAUAUAUAGCAGCUGCUUUAAUUUUCCUUGUUUUUUCGUGAUGAUAUUUAGUAUUUCAUACUUGUAUAUAUAUAUAACACACAUAAUUGAAUUCAGUAGUAUAUAUAUAAAUGCGCACAUAUACACACGAAUAUUUCCUUCUUUGUUUUCUGUUGUUUGUUUGUUUUUUGUCCGUCUAUAUAGUGGGAAAUAUUAGGCUAAAGUGAAAGAUUAUGCAGUCAAAAGAUUAUCCAGUUUUUAUGAAAGUUUACUUUAAGGACAGGGUAAACAGAAGAAGAAAAAAAAGAUAUUUUAAUUGU